AAUGGUAUUAGGUCAGGGUCUGUAUCCACAAAGUCUCUCAGAAUAGGAGUGCUGUUCUAGGAUCAGUUUUGCCUUUUAGAUCAUAAUAAUAACACUAUGUGUUUAUUUGUUUGACAGGUGGGGACCUGGUCCUCGAUCAGCACUUUUACUCUGAGCCGCUUUGUGCAUAAGGGCCCAGGCCUUAAUUUUGUCUUAAAUUAAAUGGGUUUCUAUUCUAUCUAUUUUCUAUUGUUCAACUCUACUGAUGGAUUUAUCACAACAAAAUGCUGGGUUAUUGCGAAUGUUCACAUGGUGGUCUUGGCACAUGAGCUCCAGCCAACUGCUGGCAGAUACAGUGCAGCCAAUUGUCAAUCAUCAUUUCACUAGAAUAAGACCUUUGAUAUUUAAUUGAAAGUAGCAUCAAGCUCACCGUGCAUUUUUAAAAAUUGAACCUUUAGGCAAGUUAGUUAAGAAAUUCUUAUUUACAACAGUGGGUUAACUGCCUUGUUCAGUGGCAGAGCGACAUAUUUUUACCUUGUCAGCUCAGGGAUUCGAUCCCGCAACCUUUCGGUUACUGGCCCAACGCUCUAACCACUUCACUUUCACCGUACUGUGAAGUUCAUCAUAACUUAUUUCAUCUCUAGCCGAUAAACUGCAUGCUUUCUCGAGCCGUUGUGAGAAUACCAGACAACAUAGUGUUUUUCGUGUUCUCCAAGUUCACUUCGAUAUGAUGGUUAUUAUAUCAAUAUUUGGCGUUCCACCGCCAUUUGUCGCAGAAUACAUUUUAACGACACAAAAAGGUCCCUCCUUGUCUAGCCUAUUUUGUUAUGUUGACAUUUGGAGAGUUUACCGCCAGAUUUGCUGUUUCCAUCAGGCCUGUUUUGACAUUUAUUAUCCAAUGUACUUUUCUCACAUAAAAAGGUUGGAUGGAAUCCUGGUUACACACAAAGUUGGAUGUAUUUAAACUGAUGUACGUCACUAUAUCACUGUGUUCAUCAAUGCACUAAUGACCAAAACAUCCUCAAGUCAAGUCCCUGAACUGUUUCUGUUAUGCAAAAUCCCAGAGCACACAAGCUUAUCUAUCAUCUGUGUUAUGGGAUCUUUACAAACAGUCCUUGACCACAAGCUGUUUGCAGUAAAUGGCAUGAAGGCUUCAGGUCUUGUGAUGACUGGGGUGAAAUAUUUAACAUGAACGAAUGUAACCCUGUACUUGAUAUUCCAGACUGACUGGUCUCUACAAACUGAGGAGUGUAUGUCAUUUUAACUUCGGUUUAGGAGGGUAAUUAUUGCAAGAGAUGUAGACUCGGACACUGUCGAAAAAGAGGAAUAAAUGCAAAAAAAAUGUAGAAUAUCAUGGUGAAAAAAUGAAAACAAAACGCUUCCGCAUCAAGCCAUCAUCAGUGUCAAUCAGAGACGUCAAACUCAUUCCAUGGAGGGCCUAGUGCCCGCAAAUUCAACUCUGGACCUCGAAGACAGUUCCUCUGCACUUUUUAAUUGAUCACCUCUAAUCAGAGACUGAUUUAGACCUGGGACAUCAGGUGUGUGUGUAACGGAUGUGAAAUGGCUAGCUAGUUAGCGGUGGUGCGCGCUAAUAGCGUUUCAAUCGGUUACGUCACUUGCUCUGAGACCUUGAAGUAGUGGUUACCCUUGCUCUGCAAGGGCCUUUGUGGAGCGAUAGGUAAUGAUGCUUCGUGGGUGACUGUUGUUGAUGUGUGCAGAGCGUCCCUGGUUCGCGCCCGGGUCGGGGCGAGGGGACGCCAUAAAGUUAAACUGUUACAUGUGCAAUUAAUUAUCAGGUAGAACAGAAAACCUGCAGGCUCCAGACCUCGUAGGAUAGGAGCUGAGUACCUCUGGCCUAGUGUAUGCUGGUUUUUGUUUUAUCCUUUCAAUUAGGUGUGGGGAGUUCUUUAUUAAUUAGUGACCUUAAUCAAUCAAGUACAAGGGAGGAGCGAAAACCCGCAAUCACUCGGCCCUCCGUUGAAUGAGCUUGACUCACGGCUUAAAUGAUCGGCACACACACCUCUGACUUCGAUUUCAAGGAUAAUUGCAUGUGUCACAUGAUCAAGAAAGAAAAUACAUUAAAUCAGUACCUUAUACAAUAGAAUGCAUGAACUACUACAUUGUGUACACCAGCAGACAGAGAAACAUGAUAAAUUAUUGCUUUUAGAAAUACCAUGUGAACUUUUCCUCAGCGUAAAUAACACAGGGUUGUAGAAAACCGGAAUAUAGAGUAGGGAGCUUGAAAGAAAACACUAGAUGGGGGUAUCAAGCUCCAGUAAAACUUACAGAAAACACUUCAUUAACGAUUCUUCAUUCAUGCCUGAUAGGUGUAGUUUUUAGAACAUCCACCUGUAUUCUGUCUGGAGAAAAACUCAGUUCAAGAUUACCACCCCUAUGUGAACGAUUUAUCUUCUGUACAGAAGGACAUGGAGGAGACUGGGUGACCGACCUUUGAGAAAGUACGUGUUAUUGGGGAUUUAAUUCUCCUUACACCACUCCUGUGUUCCAUAAUACGUGUUCUGUUUACUGGUUUGGCCCAUGUAUUGCUUAUUGCAUGGACAAGAGAUAAGGUAUAUGACGUUAGAAGAGCUGCAUGUGAGGAACUGUUUCAUAGUGUAUUGUUUACCAGUGGCAGAGCUACUGAAUUCGCUCACUUUUAUACAGGAGUCCCUAUAUGCCGCACACCUACGGCAGGGGUAGAAACCGGCAACCUCGUUCAUUUUCUACUCUAUUCUUGUUAACACAGUCUCCUUUCGAAACAAGUCUUCUCUGAGCUUGAAAGAUACUGAUCAUAAGAGAUUUUAUGUGUAAUGUAAUAAGCAGUACCAUAUAUUUUUUAAACAUUGUGCAUACCUUUUUCAUUUAACCACUUCCUUUGUUCUAUGACACCAACCAAUAAGAUCCUUUCUCUUAAGUAAAGCAGAGACCAAUGGAUUAAUAAGAACAGUGGUAAAAAAAAAAUGGUAUGAGUUGAGGAAGGGAAAGACACCUGUAUAAGAUCCAGGAAAAGGUGGGGGCAGGGAGGUGCUCAGGUCCAGAGAGAAGGGACUAAGACGUAAUCACAAGGCUGAGAAUCAUCAGGCUCAACAGCACUUUGAAAUUAGUAGGGAAACAUCCAACUGGGAAGUUAAAUCACAGGCAGAGGGAGACAGUGGAACACAUUCUAUUUCAGUGCCAGCGAUAUGGAAGGACAGUUUCUUAUGGAAUAAUGGUAUUGAGGAGCCACGUUUUAUUGAACUGUUAAGAAAACCUUAAGGUGAUAUUGUAUUGAAUUCUAUAUUUCGUUUCCUUCGGGAGAAGGGUUUAAUUGUGUAGGGUUAAACUUUAAACCUUCCCUGAUCCACACUCCAGUCGGUGGCGGAAAUGCAUCAUUAAAGUUGGUUGUCAACCCCCAUUUAAAAACCACAGAAGAAGAAUCGUAAACGGAAGGGAACAGUAACAAUUUCCAAGUUGGCGGUUUUUGUUGUUAUUUAGACGUUUAUUAACACCCUGGAACUCAAUAUGCCUCAUUGAACUCCACAGCAUCGCCUACUUACCCCAAAUAGUGUUUAAUUCGCGUUUGAAACAGGACUUGGUUGAUAGAUGUUAUCUAGGUAACGCGGACGUUAACUAGCUAGCUGCUAACAAUGGCUAGCUGUAUUGCUUUUCACACGCAAAUAGCCUCCAUUAUGGAGGUACUAGCGAAUGCAGCCGUGGCAGAAGUCUGUAAACUCGUAGACGACGACUACGCAGUGUUUCGUUUGGAAAUAACUCAAAGCCAGAAAGAAAACAGGACAUUGCGGAGGAAACUACAGCUACUGGAACUGAAGGUGGCACGGGACCGCGUCCUCACCAGUCGCCCCAGUAGUGUCAAGAUCCUCGACCGAUACAGAGGAAUGGCAAGAGGUGAAGGACAUCUCACUGAAGGCCAUGGGAGCUUUGUGAAGCCAGCAGGACACAAUACAUGGAGAGAUGAACAACCAAUCACUGUUGAUGAGGGGAGUGGAACCUCAACACAGCACGUUAUUGUGAUAGAGUCUGCAGAUGCAGAGGCUGCAAGUCCUGGGGUCAAGCAGGAGAGGUCUGUAGGAGAGGAGGAACCAAGACACAACAGAGACAUCCAGACUGGAGUGGCUGGAAAGCACCUUGUAGCCACUGAGGACCUUACCACCACCACCGUGCCCCAGGCUUGGACCCAACCCAGCAUCACAGAGGAGGAGGAGGUGCUGCUGGUGAAGGAGGAGGGUCUGGGGAACCCUGAGAGGACCAUAGUCAUGGAGGACAACCAAACAACACCUCCUCCUGAACCCACAGAGGAACCAGCUGAGCAGCACAGGACCACACACAGUCUCACUGAGUCAGUAGACAUGGAUAAUGGGAAGCCUGAUCUGCUGAUAGUCAAAGUGGAGACAAUAGAAGACGAACCAGAGAACAUUGAUCUGCUGAGUGGACUAAAUAUGGGGGAGCAAGGUGGUUGGCUGGAGCCUGACAAGGGAGACUGGGCAGCCAUCUUGGAAUCCCAGACGGGCGCAGCCAAGGGCCCAGGGGACCACAUCACUGAGCAGAGUGAGAUAGUGGAGUCUGCAGUCCAUGAGGACCUGCUGAUGUCCGGUGUUGCUGACGGGAGAGACUGGACCUCUGCAGCGGCUGGUCACAAACCCUGGCCCCGGAUCAGGACCCUGGUUCAGGAGCCGUCACUCUUCCUUCCCGAGUCGCAACUAGGACCAAACCAAGAGGGACAGAGACUCCACCACCACACAGAACACAACCAGUGGACAGGUGGACUGAACAACCUCAGUCCUGGUCGUCAUCAGAGAGACAGAGGCUCCAGUCGGGGAUCCAGUCUGCAGCCCAGACCCUUCUCUUCACAGUCUCAGUGUAGGGAUGGAGCAGGGCCUGGGGCUGAUAGAGAUCGACCCUCCUGUUCCUAUGAUACAAACACCACAGUAUCCAUGAUGAACAGAGCAGGUCACCCUGGGCUUCAGCCUUCACAGAGAGUGGUGGGAGACCCCCCUGUCGGUAGUCUAUCAGGAAGUCUGUCUUCAGGGUCUCGUUUAAUGCCUGGUGAAUGGGUUCAUGGGAAGCCUGGGUCCAGCGUUCCUCAGCUACCUCAUGGUUACCACACAAAUACAGACAGGGUCAGGAUGGACGUUCACCACGAGAAGUACCUAGCCUAUAACACAGCACACAAUCCCAACAACAUUCAAACAAUGGCUAGAGGUCAAGGAGGGAGCUCAAAGACUAACCACCUGAGGGCGGUGGCUCCUGUUUCUACCUCCUCUGGUGUCAUUGGGUCACAACCUGGGAGGCCGAGCAUUAGGACGGACGCCGACAAGCCGUACGCCUGCCUCACGUGUGGGAAGCGUUUCGCUGAGGCGAACUAUGUGAAGAAGCACCAGACUGUUCACACCAAGGAGAGGCCCUUUAAGUGUAAGCUGUGUUACAAGAGCUUCUCCUUCCAGAAUAACCUUAUCAGACAUAGGAGUGUCCACAAUGGGAAGAAAUCAUAGAAGUGUAUGAGUUUUACGCAGGGGAUAUCUGGGAACCAUUAUUUAGAUGACAUACACUACAUGACCAGUAUGUGGACACCCCUUCAAAUUGGUGACAGGUGUUUACAAUCGAGCACACAGACAUGCAAUCUCCAAAGACAAACAUUGGCAGUAGAAUGGCCCAUACUGAAGAGCUCAGUGACCUUCAACAUGGCACCAUUAUAGGAUGCCUCUGUUCCAACAAGUCAGUUCAUCACGUUUCUGCCCUGCUAGAGCUGCCCCGGUCAACUGUAAGUGCUGUUAUUGUGAAGUGGAAAUGUCUAGGAGCAACAACAGCUCAGCCACAAAGUAGUAGGCCACACAAGCUCACAGAAUGGGACCGGCGAGUGCUGAAGAUCGUAGCUCAUAAAAAUUGUCUGUCCUCUGUUGCAACACUCACUACCGAGUUCCAAACUGCCUCUGGAACGAACGUCGGCACAAAAACUGUUCAUCUGGAGCUUCGUGCAAUGAGUUUCCAUGGCUGAGCAGCCGCACUCAAGCCUAAGAUCACCAUGUGCAAUGCCAAGCGUCGGCUGGAGUGGUGUAAAGCUCGCGGCCAUUGGACUCUGGAGCAGUCGUAAUGCGUUCUCUGGAGUGAUGAAUCUGGCAGUCCAAUGGAUGAAUCUGGGUUUUGCGGAUGCAGGGAGAACGCUACCUGCCCGAAUGCAUAGUGUCCACUGUAAAGUUUGGUGGAGGAGGAAUAAUGGUCUGGCCCCGUUUAUGGUUUGGGCUCCUUAGUUCCAGUGAAGGGAAAUAUUAACGCUACAGCAUGCAAUGGCAUUCUAGACAAUUAUGUGCUUUGUGGCAACAGUUUGUGGAAGGCUCUUUCCUGUUUCAGCAUUACAAUGCCCCUGUGCACAAAGCGAGGUCCAUACAGAAAUGGUUUGUCAAGAUUGGUGUGGAAGAACUGGACUGGCCUGCACAGAUCCCUGACCUCAAGCCCUUAGAACACCUUUGGGAUGAAUUGGAACACCGAUUGCGAGCCAGGCCUAAUCGCCCAACAUAGGUGCAGGACCUCACUAAUGCUUUUGUGGCUGAAUGGAAGCAAGUCCCUGCAGCAAUGUCCCAACAUCUAGUGAUAAAGCCUUCCCAGGAGAGUGGAGGCUGUUAUAGCAGCAAAGGGGAGGACCAAUUCCAUAUUGAUGCCCAUGAUUUUGGAAUGAGAUGUUCAACGAGCAGUUGUCCACAUACUUUUGGUCAUUUAGUGUAUUAUAGUUAUGUGUAGUGUAUUGGGGUAAGAGGUUUUUUUGGAUUGCUAGGUCCUCGUUUGAGCAUUUGGGUACGCUCAUAUUCUUACAUGAUACAGACUUGUUUGGUGUGCCAGCAUAGCCAAAACACUGUCAUUGAAGUGUAACACUACAUGUCCCCUCUGAAUUUGGUUUUGCCUAUGUUCUAUUCAUAACAAAUAUAAUGUCUCCCCCCCAACAUUAUUCGGCAUAAUCAGGUGGUACCUGUUCCUUUAUAUACUAAAAAAUAGGUGAUCAAAUCUGUUAAUAAAUGAGAAAUCAUGUUGUCAUGCCCUU